AUGAAGAUGCUUUUGAACGGACUUGCCUACCUUCAUUCAUUACGGAUCACUCAUCGUGAUCUGAAGCCGGAAAAUCUACUGUACAGUGACACGAGGCCCGACGCAAGGUUGUUAAUUACGGACUUUGGCCUGGCACACCAGGCAACACGACCGAAUGAGACGAUGACAGAAACGUGCGGCACACCGGAAUACAUAGCACCAGAACUGCUCUUGCGGGUACCGUACACUGAAAAGGUUGACAUGUGGGCUGUGGGUGUGAUCGCGUACAUUCUGAUGUCUGGUAUUAUGCCUUUCGACGAUGAUUGUCGUUCUCGGCUCUACACACAUAUCAUCACUGCCAAUUAUGUCUAUUAUCCUCAGUUCUGGUCCGGAUCAGAAUCAGCCAAGCAGUUUGUCGACUGUCUUCUCGAGACGAAUGCAGCGGAACGUUUGAGUGCCGUAGAUGCUGCCCGUCAUGAAUGGAUAACAGGAGAGCGUGUUGUGCCGGUGAUGAGCACUAGAACUUCACGACCCACUUCUGAAUACAAUACCAUGCAGAGAACGAAAUCGACUCGGUCGAUCCGUUCUGUGACACGGUCAGACCACGGCCAUCGAGUGGAUCCGCGGGAGGUUGAUCAACUCGCCAAUGACCUGAAACGGGCCGCUCAAAGCACGAAAAACUAUGGAGUUUUCUAG